UCAGCAUACUACCCUGAGCCACACCUGAAGUUCACAGCAUCUCCAAGAGAUGUGGAGCUACUCUUGACCUCACAAGGAGGGUACCCCCGACCCUCAGUGCAUUGGCUGGAUGACAGCGGUGAUGAUGUCACCAAUAACACAGUCACAAACAUCUCAGAGGACACACAGGGACUAUACACUGUGUUCAGUACACUAAAUCUACAGGGACAAGUCAACGAGACCAUCACCUUCGUCUUAAAGAACAAGGACCUGGGACAGGAGAUCAGGAGAGAGAUCACACUUUACUCAGCAAAUGAGAGGUCAUCAGUGGAAAAAGGCAGAAUUUCUGGAGACAACAGAAAGACAUGGAUAAUUAUUGUUCCUAUAGUGACAUUUGUACUGCUGUUGUUUGUACUAUUAAUGUCAGCAUUGAGAAAAACGUGCUAUGGCCAUCACAGAAACCAUCACCUGUCUACCAAACACCAUCAGGCUCAUCAGAGUACAGAGGUG